AUGUUUAAGAAGGAUCGCGUACCCCGGGAGGAAUAUGUUCAAAAGCCUGAGGAGCCGGAACCUGUUGAGGGCCAUAAACUGACGAAGCUUUUCAACAAAGUGACUGGACAGCCAGAUUCUUAUGUGAACAAACAGGACUAUAUAUUUGGGAAGACGUUAGGUGCUGGUACGUUUGGUGUUGUGAGACAAGCACGGUGUAUUUCUACAGGGGAGAAUGUGGCAGUGAAGAUUUUGUUGAAGAAGGCUUUGAAGGGCCAAAGUGUGCAAAUGCAGAUGUUGUACGAUGAGCUUAAUAUUUUGCAGCAGUUGGACCAUCCUAACAUUGUAAAGUUCAAGGAUUGGUUUGAGUCGAAAGAGAAGUUUUACAUUGUGACGCAGUUGGCUACUGGAGGGGAGUUGUUUGACCGGAUAUUGGAGAAGGGGAAAUUCUGCGAGGAGGAUGCUGUUUUCAUUAUAAAGCAGAUAUUGGAGGCCGUGGAGUAUAUGCAUAAAAAGAAUAUUGUACAUAGGGAUUUGAAACCGGAGAACAUUUUGUACCUAGACAAGUCAGAGAACUCGCGCUUGGUGAUUGGUGAUUUCGGUAUCGCAAAGGAGCUCAAGGGAGACCAUGAUCUAAUCCAUAAGGCAGCAGGAUCCAUGGGGUAUGUUGCACCGGAAGUUUUGACCACAUCGGGCCACGGAAAACCCUGUGAUAUCUGGUCAAUUGGUGUCAUAACGUACACGUUACUUUGUGGUUACUCGCCGUUCUUGGCUGAGAGCGCGGAUGGUUUCAUCGAGGAAUGUACAAGUGGUGAAUACCCUGUCGUGUUCCACAAACCAUACUGGAAUAGCGUUUCUAAGACAGCUAAGGAGUUCAUCCUAUGGGCUCUUACAGUUAAUCCAGCAAGGAGACCAACAGCCAAAGAUUUGCUCAACGACAUAUGGAUUACUUCCACCGAAUCUUCUAAGACAGACUUGUUCCCUGAAAUCCGUAAGGGCUUCGACGCUCACAAGAAGUUCCGUGAUGCAGUCGAGAUUGUUAAAUUGAACAACAGAAUCAAGAAACUAAAACUGUUGUACGAGAACCAAGAAGAUGGUUCAGAUACCGAUAUCGAAGUCAACCCCACAGAUUCAUUGGAAUCCAUCCAAAGCUCCAUGAAAACAAUGUCAAUAAAGGAUGGACAAGGCGACCUGCAUUCAUCAUUGAAACAAAACGCUUUCGCACAGCUUGUCCUGACGGCAUCCAAGCACAAGGACAAGGUCAAGAACUUCCAAGAAACCGAGGAAGAAACCUCUUAA